AUGUGGGUGUUAAGGAUGCCGUGCGAGUUCAGCAGAUAUGUCAACUGGGUGCUCGUAGGAGAUCGCUGGACUCGUGUUUCUGUCAUGGGUACGGAUCCCUCGAGGGAAACCUUUCCUGAGAUGAGAGACAACAUCGGUAAUCGUGUGGUUGUUUUGAUGAUACCUGGGAAUCCUGAUAAUGAUGGAUUUUAUGCUGAUUUUGGCCAAAAGCUCUUGAGGUGUCUGCUAUCGAGAAAUGAACGUGUGGGUUUUCCUGAACGUCGCUAUCUAUUCUAUGCAGUGUCCCAUCUCAAUCCUGUAGUUUUACCGGAUGAAUUGAGGUGUUCUGGAAAGCACAGGCACUGUGACCGGUUCAAACUCGACGAUCAAGUGCAACACAAAUACGACUUCGCACGGGAGCACUUGCCUAGGACUCAAAAGGCAAGUGUUCUCGGACACAGCAUAGGUGCAUGCAUGAUGCUUAGGCUACUUCCAUAUAUGAAGGACGACUUCAACGUUAAGAACGCCAUGGGGCUUUUUCCCACUGUUGAGAAAAUGGCUGUCUCCGAAUGUCGUCCCAAUGAUCUGAUCACAUCAGCAGCAGAACUCCUUAAUGUGAACAUCUUUCGAAAUAUUAUUCACUUAGCGCAUGAUGAAUCGUGUAAGGUGAGAACUUUUUCUCAAAUGAGCGAAAUUGCUAUUUAUGAGCUGCUUUUAAUUCAUAAUGUCUUUUGGGUAACUGUUUUCGACAACUCACUGAUUCUGUGCAAGACGCUGCUUUGCUUCUACUAUGGAGUAGUGGACGAGUGGUGCCCUAAAGAAUUUGGUUUGUUUUGUUGA